UCAAUCAAAGCGUAUCCUGUCAAUCUGCCGCGGCCCCCCUGUAGCUGCGAGGGGAACGUUAGCUUUAGCCUUUUUUCUCCGGACUCCAGAUCUCGUUCGGAAAUGUGUUGAUUGAAAGGUCGGCGACAUACGAUCUUCUCUGGGACCAGAACCAGAACAGAUGCUGAAUCCUCUGGAGUCGAACUUUAAUUCGGGGUUCAUUUGGAACAACACAGAACUUCUCCCUCGGGUGAAAUCUGCGCUUCUCUGAGGAACGUGUCACGUUACUUCCGGAGUGGUUUCACACAGAUCUACCUCCGUUAGUGAAACUUCUACUCUCGAUGUCUGGUGGAUUCAUGUCAGAAGAAUCUCUCGCGUCACUGAAACUUUUCGAGGGACAUGUUAUGUUAAAAUCACAAUUCAAAACGGGAAGACAGUUUUAAAUAGGCGCAUAUUCAUAUGGAAUUUGUUCCCGCGAUUGACAACAAAGAUAAGUUACCCUACAGUAGCACAAAGCUACAUGUAGCUAGUGUGUUAGCACGAUAAGCUAAUGUUAACGUCUCAUAACUGAUGUGGUCGGUGAAAAUAUUGACUCAUAAAGUAACUUCUCAUAUUUUUUAUUCUUUAACUGGAGCUGAGAAACAGGAAAAUUCUAUAUUUAUAGAAUUAUAUAUUAUGUAUAUUUUACAAUAAAUAAACACAAAAUACAACGGUUUUUUGUUUCACUUUUGGAUUUGUGAGCACAGUUUUUUUUAUGAAGCUAAAUCUUUUUUCUCUCUUUUUUUCACAUUUUUUUGUUGAAGCUCAGUUGGAUGAUCACAAUAAUAUCACAAUAUUAUAAUAAUAAUUCUUACUUAUUCUUCUUAACACAUCCGUGAGAAACAUGAAUGACGGAUACGAGCGACUCCCGGCAGCGAGCCAGAGAUCUGGUGACGGCCUACGACCGCAGCCUGGAGCAGCAGAUCGUGGAACGAGGCUCCAGCCUGGCGUGUAGAGACGAGGAGCUGUGGACGCGGGUGGAGGCGCUGCUGAGGGACGGAGAUGCGCAGGAGACGCACUGCCUGGGUCUGGAUCCGCUCGCCGUGAUGGAGGAGUCGCUCAAAGCGGCGGCGGCAUCAGUGAAGGUGACGGCAGCAGCGAAGGUGACGGCAGCACCCAGGGGCGGCAAAGUCAAGGCCAGAGGAGGAGGAGGGCUGCAGGGCCUGGCGAAGGCGUUCGAGGUCCUGGAGCAGGCGGCGCUGAACUUGUACCUCGGCCCCUGGAGGGGCGAGUACAAAGUCGUCAAGAUGUACUCCGGCAUGUUCACCCACCACAUCCGACCGGUGCUGUCGAUGCCGCAGGCGGAGAAGCUGUUCGGCCUGUUGGGGUACGAGCCCGGCGCGGCGCGGCGCGAGCAGCUUUUCCUCCAGGCGCUGAAGAUCGGUCCCGCCUCCCUGGACGACCUGCUGCGCUUGUCCUGCGCCUUCUACCUGGCCCGCUGCGAGUGUCGCCUCAUGCAGGCGGCUCUCGGCAAGCACGUCGGCGAAGCGCAGUGGGAGCUGAGCGUGGUGAGGGAGCGGCAGAGAGGAAACUCCCUACAGGUCGCCCUGGACAACGCCAAGAAGACGCUGAAAGUCAAACAGCCGCCGACAGAGCCGUUUGACGUGGACAUGGAUCUGUACACAGACGAGCAUGUUAAUGGGGGGCGGGUGGCCGCGGGUGCCAGGGCGGACAAACCCUGGCCGACUCAAAGGAGUUUGUCUCCCCCGGCCGUCAAAACACACAGUGACGGAUUGACGUCCUUGUCCUCCUCGUCAUGCGCCUCGCCGCCCGGCAGAGAGAACGUCUGCAUCUCUACACUCAGCUGCCAGCUGGCGAAGACGUCUCCUCCGGAGGCGGCCGUCGGGGAGUCUAAGGGGCGAGGCCGACGCCCCGGCGAGGGCUCGAGGUUCGACGAUGCCGACUCGGGAUCGCGGUCCGUCCGUCUGCGGUCGGAAGCGACGGGGCUUUGCGAGAGCGAAGCCGACCGCUUUUGCAGCUGCCUCGAUUUGGCCCAACUUUAUCUCAAACACUGUGUCGAUUGCAACACGUUGCACGGCUUCACCUGUGCCUCGCUGCAGAACUGUUUGUUGGUCCACAGCGUGGUGACCUUCUAUGAUCUGACUGAAGGAGGGAGCGAAUCGGGAGUGGUGUCGCUACAGAGCGAAAAAAGUCUCAGAGCUAGCGACGCGAAUGCAUCGCCGACGCUCGCCGCCGGCUGCAGCAGCGCCGCCAUGUCCUCAUUGGUUCUGCGAGACGACAACGACCCCGGACCCACGAUUCCUUCUCUUCACCCGUUCACCUACCACGACUGCUGCGAUCUCGCCCGCCUGGACCCGCGGGUGCUGUGUCGCAGCUGCGGCGUCUUCCACUCGAGUUCCUGCCGAGACGCCGACUACUGCCACGUCCACCACACGGUCCGACCGCUGGGCGUGUGUGUCUGCGGGAAAGCGUGCGCCAGGAAGCCGCUGGUCCUCUGCAGAUACUGUGGAAACGAGUACUGUCGCGACUGUUGGUACAGGAAUCCUGUUGUCUGCGUCUGCGGCCAAACGUUUGACCAGUCGUCCUCCGUGUGACUCGCACCGGAGAAGUGUUGCACUAAUGAAAAAGGCACAACUAGUGAAACCAAAGUGCCUUAAAAAAUCUUCUAAAACAAGAACAAUCGAAUCCGAACGUUGCCUUGACUCAACGCCGACACGCAGAACCGAGUCUCUCUGAGACGGUCGGGCGUCUCCUCCCCGAGCUUCAGGAUCAACCUUCUGGAAACAACAAGAGCAACGUAGAAGCUGAAAAUGGAAAGUUUUGCUGAUUAUUUCUAUUUUAAAAUCACUUAAGUAAUUUUGGAGAAAGCUCGUCUCUCUCUUCGUUGUUGCCGAUGAUUUAAACCGCGCUGGUCGGGUACGUGAGACCCGACGCGCUAACCACGAGGCCAAACGCCAGAGUCGUGGCGCCUGACGCUGGCGCGUCUCUUUGUGUGUUGGAGAGCGUCCGCAACAUUCUUUGCUUUUCAAUUUACAGAGCCAGGGCUGAGUCUGUUGUUCACAGAGCCGACAGCUAACGGACCCUGAGGAAUAAUUUGCGGAAUUUUCCAAAAGUGUAUUUUGGUUUCAAAUGGCUCUACUGCCCCGCCCACGACGACUCUGAUUGGUUUUUAAAAAACAAUCCGGAGCCUCCAGCAGAUCGAUGGUCGGUGCAGCCCGGUCCGUUCUUUGUGAGACUCGUCUGUGCUCGACCACAUUGAUAAUCAUCAUCAUCACCGCAAGUAUUUGUGUAUCGUUGAGACUUGGAAGUCGUGAUUUCAGUCACUUAAAUGUAACUUUGGUGCAAAAGUCUGUUUCCCUCUGUAUUUGUUGCCUGCAGAGUAAAAGGGUCAAAAUGUCAA